AUGACCAUGUUGCCAUGUGUCUGCUGGCUCCAGCCUAUCCUUAUGGUGCUGACCUCUGUGUUCUGGACCCGGGGGGAGAACUGCCCAGCAACCUGCCUCUGUCCGGAUCCCCACACGGUGGACUGCAGCGGCCGGGGGCUGAUACACCUCCCAGACGAGAUCCCCCUGGACGUCCGUCGGCUCCUCCUGGCCGACAACUGGAUACCCCGUAUCCCUUCUGACUUCCUGGUUCUGUACAGUGACUUGGUCUAUCUGGACUUGCGGAACAACACGCUCUCAUACAUUGAACCGGGGACCCUCAGCACCUCCUCCAGGCUGGUCUUCCUGGACCUGGGUAGCAACAACUUGACAGAAAUCCCCAAGGGCACAUUCGGGGAGUCCCGGAGCCUCAUUAAGCUGCGACUGGGCAACAACCCCUACCUGAGCAUGGUGAGUGAAGACGCCUUCCUGGGCCUCACCUCGCUCCGGGAAUUGGAACUGGAACGUAAUGCACUGUCGAGCCUCAAGGUGGGCGCGUUAAGUCAGCUGCCCUCCCUGCGGGUAGUGAGGCUCGAGGGCAACCCCUGGGUGUGCAACUGCAACUUUGCCAGUCUGUUUGCGUGGCUCAUGGAGAACAGCCAGAAGCUUCCAAACGGAGUGGAAGGCAUGGAGUGCUCCCUCCCCAUGGACGGCCGUCGCGUGUCCCUGACCCAGCUCUCCAAGGACAGUUUCCGCGAGUGCCAGGCCAGCCUGACUCUAACGGACCUGCUCAUCAUCAUUUUCUCGGGCAUCUCCGUCUCUGUGGUAGCCAUCAUGACCAGCUUCUUCCUGGCUUCCACCGUCCACUGCUUCCAGCGCUGGAGUAAAGGCUCCAAGGGCGACGAGGAGGAGAGCGAGGAGUGA